AACGGACCACCCAGUUGAAGCAACAGAUUCUUCUAUGAAUGAUGAAAUAAAACCAGCUGAUUUUAAGACUAUUCAAGAAGCAAUAGAAAAAUUUAAAAAAGAAUGGGCGUCUAAUUCAAGUCAAUAAUUCAGACAGAAAAUGCCUCAAAAGUCAAUAACUAAAACCCAUGCUAAAAGUAAGAAAUGUGAAGUUAAAUUUCAAGAAAUUAAUAGACAUUACAUACAAAUGAACAAGAAUGAGAGAAAAGAAAACACUGAUAUAGUAUUUUCUGUAUUGAAAGAACUAAUAAAUAUUAUGCGAAGAAAUGACAAGCUUUUUGACAGCUUAAGACCAAAUCUAGAUUUUUUAGGCAGUUAUUUCGAUGGAUUACGCGUUGGUAAACCGACUGAAUACGAUAUCAAUAUCAUAUUAAAAUUUCCAGUGAAUUAUGGUAAAAUUAAAUUGGACGCGUCUAACUCGCCUCAUGACUAUACAGCUAUAAUAAUGCCACCUGAGUUUCGAAGAUUGGCUAAAGUGCCUUUAACAGUUAAUCAAGGAUUUUCCAAAACUCUGUUAUGGUGUAAUAAGGAGUAUAAGUUAUCAAUGACCAAAUUUCGUUCGUGGAUGCAGAGCACAGUCGACGUCGCUAUAAACACUCUUCCCUUAGAAGGUGAAAUGAGAAUAAUAAAAUUGAACAAUAAACAUAAGUAUAAAGUUCACACGAAAUCAUCUGGUCCUGCUAACACAAUAACAAUUAUAAAAGGCAAUAAUGAUAUAAUUGAUAUUGAUUUAGUACCAACGUUCACGUUUGUGUUACCUACAGUACCGAUUGACUCUAAUGUAGACUUUAUAAAAGUUAAAUCUUCCAACAUUUUUAGGUAUUUUGUAGUUCCCAAGCCAAAUGUUGAUGAUUAUAAUUGGCGACUAUCAUUUCCAUUUCAAGAAAGACAAUUACUAAAUAACAGAAAUAAUUUAAAAAGUACCAUAAAGCUAAUUAAACAUUUCAGGGACGUACAGGGUUUCACUCAACUUUCGAGCUAUUUUAUUAAAACUCUUUUUCUUUGGGAAUGUGCAAGUAACGACGAAAGUUACUGGACCAAGCACUCAUUGUAUUUUUUGGUAUUUAAUAUGUUGAAAAAACUUAGAGAUCGAUUAAAUCAUCACUGUAUAAAGAAUAUUUGGUGCCCAAGUCACAAUGUUUUAGAAAAGAUUAAACCAGAAACCUGCGAAAAUUGGCACAAUCGUAUGUGCCGUAUAAUAGAAGAUAUAGAAAAUGGAUGCCAUAAAAAUCCUGACGUUAUACUUAAAUAUUUUUGUAAAAAAUAUUAAGUAUAUAUUGUAAUAAUGUAUUAAUAUGCAAUCACAAAUUUAAAAUACAAUGUCCAGUAAUAUAUUUUCUAUAAAUUAGAUAUACAUAUAUGCUAAAAUAAUUAAGGGCUUACGAUUAUAUGUAAUUAAAAUAAGAUAUGUACAAAAAUAUAUUUA